AUGGCACCCGCCCAACAGCUUGAUCGUCCGGGAAAUGGCGAACUGUCUGGCUACAGUUACCGUCUUCUCGACGGCUGGGUCAUGCCACCCGAUAUAACAGACGAGUCGUUCGCCUUCUCUCGAAACCUUCCUACACGCCCAACGGACAUUUGUUUUGUCUCGUACCCGAAAUCCGGGACGACCUGGCUGGCUUAUAUCCUGGUGUUGCUGACAGGAAAGAAAAAGGACUCCCUUGAAACUUCCUACUUCUGGCCUGAGAGUGACCGGACCUUCCAGGGGACUGCGGAGGAUUUGGCCCAGUUAGAUGACCCUCGCAUGUUCAAAUCGCACAUGCCAUAUGAUAUGACCCUUGGGAAUCCGGCGCGAAGCCCCUGCCGAUAUAUCUACAUCGCUCGGAACCCAAAGGAUGUAUGCACUUCUUAUUACCACUUUGAACGAAAUCAGCCCUGGUCAGGGUUUUUUGAUGGCGGCUGGGACAGAUGGUUUGAGAUGUUUCUCAAUGGGAAGGUACAACGAGGCGAUUGGUUCGACCAUGUGUUGAGCUGGUGGGAGAAACGACACCAAGAGAAUGUGAUGUUCGUAAAAUACGAAGAUCUGCAGAAGAACUUUGAUUCGGAACUGAGGAGGAUUGCCGACUUCCUCCUCAUCGAGGUCGACGACGCGAUGAUCAACGAGAUCAGGGAUACCGUGAGCUUUUCCAACAUGAAGACCAAUAAAUUCAGCAGUUUGGUCAACCGGGAUUGCCACUCUUGUUUUUUCCGCAAGGGCAAAGUUGGGACUUGGAGGGAGCAAUUCACUGCCAAGCAGACGGAGCUCUUUGAUUCAAUGUACCGGGACCGCAUGGCUGAUACGGGUCUAUCAUUCGACUUUGACUAG